AAGCAUUGAGUUCUUCUGUAGCAGACAUGCUUUUAUCUUUAGAGGAGGAUGUGCUCCAUGAAGAAUUUAGAGAAGUGGUUUCAACUACAGAUUUCAUCUAUCUGAUAGAAGGCUUAAUUGAUAUUUGUAAUUCUAAAAAUAUUCUUAGUCAACACUUAAAAUCACCUUUACAAAUUUCUAAUAAACACAUCUGGAAGCCAUUUUUGUCGAAAGUGAUAGCAUAUUUACUGGAUUUAAGGAAUUCAAAAAGAAAAUUAAUCCGUGAUACAAAUAAAAAAGUACCCAUAGUUGGGUUCAUUUCUUUCAUAGUUUCGCUCGAACGUAUCUUUGAUAAUUUAAUCGCUACAAAAGAAAUGAGGUAUUUAUUAACAUACAAAUUUAGUCUCAAUCAUUUACAUGUGUGUCUUCAUAGAAUUUACAAGUGUAUUAACUCAUAUGGUAUUCUUUCUGCACUUGAAUUCAAAAAAGCAUUUGCUUCUUAUAUACAAGAGGAGUUGAAGCAUCUAUCAGAUCACACUACUGCUCUUAAAACUAUAGUUUUAGAAAGAACAGAAACUUCAAUAAAUGACGAAAGUGUAUAUAUACUCGACCCUGUUAUCUUUUCAGAGUAUAGAAAAUUGGAUAUUGAUUAUCCGAAUAGGAAAAUAAACAGGCCAUAUUUACAAAAUAUACAAAGUUCAUGCGAAUAUGUCGAUAGAAUAUGUAUAGAUGCUUUAGUGAAGGAUUUGUGCGAUUUAAUUGUAUGCCCCGACUGUUGCUCUUCUGUUCGUGGCAAAAAUUGCAUUCUAAAUAACUACUCUAUAAAGAAGACUCAUAAAUUAUAUCCUUCUUUAGAUGUUUUAAAGAUUUGUAAACAAACUAAAAAAGUUAUAAAAGAAUUAUUAGGAAACAAAAGAAGUAUUCUUCCUAAGAGUUAUCAAGUUAUUGAAACUCAAGUUUUCAACCGAUUAUCAAUCGAAGAACUCUUUAAUGAUCUAUCGAUGCAUGUUAUUGAUAAUACUUUUCCAGAGAAUCAUAUUUAUAUCUUAAUUAAAACUAUUAUUAGACAAUAUAUCAAAAUAAGUUGUGUGUGUAAAGAACUACAUCAUCAAAGUCUUUUGAUCUGUCAAUAAGAUUAAUGCUAUAAAUCAAAAAUAAUUGGAAUAUAU